AUGGGCACCACAAAGAAUUUGAAGGAGGUGCACAGUGCAAGCGGAGUAGGCUACAUAAAUAAGUACGAUGUGGACAAGUAUGACAGUGUUCCCAAUCUGGAAAGAAGCAAAAGGGAGUACCUCCCAAGUAGCAACCCAAACAUGGAGGUUUUCCAUUCGCUGAACUUUCAAAAUGAUAUUUACAUGGAUCCAGGGGAGGGGGACGUGGUCGGUGGACUACACAUGAUGAAGGGGAGAAUGGGUCUGUAUUCCGGCGCGGGGUUGGACAUUCCUAUCGGCGAACCACUCGUCAUGAAUAACCGCAUUGGUAGUGGCAUUGAUAGCCGCAUCGAUAGCCGCACUGAUAGCGGCAACGUGGACCCGCCGCACACGGUAGACGCCCUCUUCAGUGCCAACAAAUAUAAAGUUAAAAAAAUCCAAGAGGCGCACAGCAUCAGCGCGGACUAUAAGCAGAAGAAAAACCUAACCAGCAUCCUUCCCUUUGAGAAAAUUAUGGAAGAAUACGAAAUUCGGAGUUUAUAUUCCCAAAGCAAAGUGCAAGAAUUGUAUAACCAUCAGAAUGUGUAUGAGGAGAAGGGCAGAUACAAUUUGAUGCCUCUAAAGGGGCAUGUUACUAACGGAACAAUGAGAAAGGACCUCAGCGUGGACUCAUCAGAUGGGUCUUCUCCGUAUCUGUCGAAAGGUAGCACUCUAAUGUAUGGUGGACAGUACACGUAUGGGACGAGUGUCGACUCGAGUAGCUUUAGUGGCGCGAACAGGGCCGAGGAGAGGCACCUCUCGGCGGUCAACUGCGAGCAGGCCGGUCAAAUGGGCCACGCAGCAAGCGGUAUCGAUCCCAUCCCCAACAGGGUGAACGAGGGCUCACCCCUCCAAAUGCAGCCCAGCGAGCAGGUCCAAAUAAACGCAGGAGGGACGGGCCACCCAGGAGAGGAGACCAUUCCAACGGAAGUUCAAAAUAUCAAAGCAAAGAGAAAAGAAACGGAAAAUCAGACGGAAAAGCAGACGGAAAAGCAGACGGAAAAGGAAAAAGCGGGGGUACCCCCUGACAACGACGGGGAACAGAACGAAGAGUGCACUCAAAACAAUCUACUCGAAAUGUACGACCCUAAACAAAAUAAAAAAGUUAUCUACUAUGCAGUGAAGAACCAUUACGACCCCACCAAGGAAAUGCACAAAAAGGAAAGGGAAAAGGGGAAGGGCAACUACCCACCCGAUCGAAACGAAGUGUACCAAAAUGACAUAUACGACUAUUUGUUGCAUCACUACGAAAAAAAUUACAAACACAUUUUUGACAGCAGAUAUAUGGACCAGUCAGUUUUUAAGGGAGAGCCGAAAGGGUUAUUAGCUAGCCAGGCAAAUCCACAUAGGAGCUCAGCUGAUGGCAACAAAGGUAGAGACACCAAUGGGACAUACAUCGCAGGAGGGAUACUCAACACAAACAAUUAUGAUAACGAUGGUGAUGUGGAUAAUUCGAAAAGGAAAAAUGGAAAUGCCAUUCCUCGUGGCAAUGAAGGGGGAAAUCAAAGCAACCUCGCAGAGGUGGUAAUAUCGGAUAAAGUUAAGGGAACGCAUUUGUGUCGUAAGAACAGCAACAGUGUCGAUGUGAACAUCGCCAACAACGCGAACGGCGUGAACAACGUGGAGGAGGUGACUCCUCUAAAUGGAAGAGAAGACAACACAUAUCAGACCAACGUCGAGAUUUCCAACCUAUGUGAUGAGGACGCAAUGGAUUUAUAUAAAAAUAUCGGAGAGGUGUACACUCCGAGGCCCAACUUGUUUGUGUAUGCUAUGAAGGAUGGCGCGGAGGGGGAAAGGCGGCCCAUGGAGGGAAGUCCCAUCGAUGAGGUUCUACCUAGACUGAACAGCCCUCUCGGCGAUCUACCCCUCCAAAUAAAUAAAGAAAUGAAGAAAAUUUUCAAACAAAUGAAGCAUAAAAACACAGUCGUGAUAAGCAACGUUGGCGUGAAGACAGGAUCAUCCACUUUCUCCAAUCACAUCCUAAACAGCGUCCAGGAGCGAGGCUUCUUCGGAGGAGGAACGCCCGACCAGAGGAACUGCGUCUACGCCCACAUGAUGGCUAGCCCGAACAAAAUCAACUACGUUUAUUUGGACUACGAUAAGUUGGUACUCCGGGGGGGAAGAAGCAAAGGCGGCGAUCGAGACAAACGGGACGGUAGACAUAAAAGCAGCGAUAGACAUAAAAGCAGCGAUAGACAUAAAAGCGGCGAUAGACAUAAAAGCGGCGAUAGACAUAAAAGCCGUGAUAGACAUAAAAGCCGUGAUAGGCACACACGCGAUGGUAGAAUCAAACGGAAUGAUAAACUGAAGCGGGAUGAUCGAAUCAAACGCGUCGGGCGAAGCAGCUGUUGGGACGGGGACCCCCUCAGCGAAGUAAACACACUCGUCGCACUUUCCUUUUAUCUUUCAAACAUCGUCAUCUUUCACAUCAACAGCGGGAGCAGCGAGAGCUGUUCGAAGGCGUUCGGCCUGUUGGCACACUACUACGACGUGGUGCGACAGAUUCGAGAGCACGUGAAGCGGAGAAGGGAGAAGUGCGCGAAGCGGGAGAGGGGAAAGGACGUGGGGAGGGAGAGCAAAGGUGAAAGCAAUGGUGAUAGAAGAAAUGGAAGCAAUGGUUAUAGCAGCGGAAAUACUGAGGACCGAAAUAGUCUGGGCCAAAGCGGCGGUCACCCUCGGGAGAACACCCCUCAGUCGGACAGCGAAGAGCAGUCCGAGGAAGACUCCAGUGGGGGCAACUUCGAGGGAGACAACUUCACCGUCCCACAUUUCGUGUUCGUGCUGCGGGAUACCACUCUGGGGAGGGAAUGCCCGGCGGACAUGCGCGAAGAAGAGGGGCCUAGCAAAUUGAUCCAAAGGAACUCCGUCACCAGACAAGCGGAGUCGAAGAAGGUGACCCCUAAGAUAGCACGAAGUACCCCCCUUAAGCUUCCCCAUACGAACGAGGACCAAAGCGGGCGCGCACAGCAGCUUCUGGAGGAGUUAAUCGAAGGAGUACAAAAUGCAGUGGUUCAGAAAAAGGUAAAGUAUCUGUUAAAGUUCCUGCCGAAGAAAAGUCUGUUCCAUUUGCCUCCCCCGAAAGAAAAAAACAAAGAAGACUACGCAACACAACUGAGGAAAAUCAAAAAGGAGAUCUUCAUCAAUGGAAAAAAUGUCGAAAAUAUGUAUGCCAAUAAUGGAAUAUAUGUCUAUAAGUAUCUAAACAUGGUAACCUACACAAUCAACAGGGGAAUGUUUUACCCUCCUAAUUAUUUGAAAAAAAAAAUGGAAAAUUAUGAAUGCAAAACAUUGCAUAAAGUCUUAACGGAUAACUUCCUCUUCCAUGUUAGAAGAAAAAUAGAAAAUAAACUUCCCAUGAAACCUAACCUAUUCUUAACCCUAAUAAAUGAUAUCAAGAUUGAAUUUCUCCUUAGCUUUGAGACACUAUGUAUUGGAAAUUCCAACUUAAAGAGGAAGUACAAAAACCAGCUCUGCCACAACAUCGAUGUGAUUUUAUUGAAAGCUUAUAAAGAAAAUAUCGCCUUCAGCUGCUUCACUUUCUUCAAUAUCAUCGAGAAAAAAAUUAGCAAACUACAGAUCUAUAGUAAAAUAAGUAGACGGCAGUAUGAACAUUUUGAUCAGCUCAGAAAUGACAUUGAGAGUAUAAACGAUGGAUCGAUUGAUAAUCUCAUAUACAAUGAGAUUCUUGGCAUAAAGAAGGAGGAGAUUUUUACCUACUUCAUUAAGACUUAUUAUAGCGGAUUCGGUUCAAGGAGGAGCUCCUCUUCUAUUCCGAUCAAGAAGCAAACCGAAGUGGAAAAGCAGCAUCAGUAUCAUGCUCAUACUGGAGCACACACUAAAGCGACGAAAAAGAACAGCUACAAUUCCGAUUCGACCGUCGACCCAGGCCAGUUUGCAGACCCAUUUAGCCAACAAAGAAGUCGACGAAGCAUCAGCGGGGUGCGUAUCUCAAGGCUGCAUACCAGUGCAUCCUCCAUAUUGCUGCGCCGAGGAAGCCGCCACCACAGUGAGAAGGAACCCUCCAGGGGAGGCAGCGACUCCUCCAGUGGUGAUAACUCCCCCAAUUACGGCGUAGCAAAGGAGUUAAAGGGGAAUAAAUACAAAUCGGCUGAACACUCUCUUAGGGGAAAGGAUUCCUCGCACGAAAGCUCGGACGGGAGUCACCACCAGAAAGGAGGUUCGAAGGACGCCACCGAUGGUACACGGAGGAAGCACUACACGGAUGAAGAAGACAAGGGGAAAACCCCCUCCAGGAAGCCUCUCCACAAAUUCAAGUCCGACGUAGGAUUGCAAAACGAGCGAAAGGUAAAAAUCAUCCAAGAGAUGCAACGACAAGACGGUAACAUCUCAAAGAAGUAUCACAGUGUUGAUUAUAUGAAUGAACCUCCGGGGCGCUUUCACCAAAAUGAGAGCAGCGAAUCCAAUUCGGAUGAGCCAUCCUACCACGGAGGGGUAACUCUUCAGCCAGAGUUGUCACCCCAACAGGAGGCGGCUCCCAAACAUCCCGAACACGCCGGGGUGCAGACCUGGCCAACCCUAACCGACCGAGUUAAUAAGCAGGAAAAGAAACGCGAAAAAAACAUAAGCUUCAUUGAGGAGAAAGUGCUCGGCCCGAGUAGAAAAGAGCCACAGUCCGAAAUGAACAAAUGCGACAACGAAAAGGACUACUCACACGACAGCGAGAGUAACAUCCCCUUCGUUAGGAAAAAAACCUCCACCGCAUUUCUGCACGGCCAGGAGAAAAUACAUUUCAUCGAGGGGGCGCCACUCGAUCGCCUCUGA